GUGAUCUUCCUAACAACACCUCCCAGCAUAUCUACGUCACCAAAGUGCGACAUACAGCGCACAACAAGCGCCACAUUUUUUCGUUGCGCUUAAAGAUUCCGGUAUAUUCGGAUCAACAUCAGAGUCAGGUUUGAGAUAAGACAUUAACGUCUUCAGGAUACAGAAUAGGGAUUACUGUAAUGCACCAUGAGUUUAUUUGGCACAAACUCCGGAUUUGGAACAACUGGAACUGGUGUUUUUGGAAGCUCAACGGCUGACACACAUAAUCCUAUGAAGGAUGUUGAAGUGACCUCCCCACCUGAUGACAGCAUUAGCUGUCUGGCUUUCAGCCCCCCCACCAUGCCUGGUAAUUUUCUCAUUGGAGGAUCCUGGGCUAAUGACGUCCGAUGCUGGGAGGUACAGGACAAUGGACAAACAGUCCCCAAAGCUCAACAGAUGCACACAGGUCCUGUGCUUGAUACAUGCUGGAGUGAUGAUGGGAGUAAAGUGUUCACUGCUUCCUGUGACAAAACAGCCAAAAUGUGGGAUCUCAAUAGCAACCAAGCAAUGCAGAUUGCACAGCAUGAUGGCCCAAUCAAGUCGAUUCACUGGAUAAAAGCACCAAACUAUAGCUGUGUCAUGACUGGCAGCUGGGACAAAACCCUGAAGUUUUGGGACACCCGCUCACCCAAUCCUAUGAUGUCUCUGCAGAUGCCAGAAAGAUGUUACUGUGCAGAUGUUGUUUACCCCAUGGCGGUGGUGGCCACAGCCGAGCGGGGCCUGAUUGUUUACCAGUUGGAGAACCAGCCGUCGGAGUUUCGCAGACUUGAGUCUCCUCUUAAGCAUCAGCACCGCUGUGUGGCCAUAUUCAAGGACAAGCAGAACAAGCCAACUGGCUUUGCACUGGGAAGCAUUGAAGGACGUGUUGCUAUCCACUACAUAAGCCCUCCAAACCCAGCCAAAGACAACUUCACCUUCAAGUGCCACAGGUCAAAUGGAACCAACACAGCCACCCCACAAGACAUCUACGCUGUCAAUGCAAUCUCCUUCCAUCCCGUUCACGGAACUUUGGCGACGGUCGGCUCAGAUGGUCGCUUUAGUUUUUGGGACAAAGACGCCCGCACCAAGUUGAAGACGUCUGAGCAGCUCGACCAGCCCAUAACAGCCUGCUGCUUUAACCACAAUGGCAACAUCUUUGCGUAUGCUUCCAGCUAUGACUGGUCAAAGGGCCAUGAGUACUACAACCCCCAGAAGAAGAACUACAUUUUUUUGAGGAAUGCUGCUGAGGAGCUGAAGCCUCGGAACAAGAAAUGGUGAGAGGCAGGCAACGACUGUCCAUUAGCCUGGAUACUGUGUUCAGCGGAUGGGAGCCUCAAUUCCUCUAUGCACGUGGCCGACAUCGGGCCGUUGUGACCACCCCACAGCCCCUAGCAUGCAUGGAUAUGAGUAGACAUUGAUUCCAAGUCCCUUCUUCAUUAAGGAGAGAGUCUAGCAAAUAGCUUCAUUGGGAAUAGUGCUUUUCACAAAUGACUAAAUCUCUGAUAGCUUGUGUGGUUUCUGCAUCUGUGGUGUGUAUAAGCUGGCUUUGCACCUCUACAAUGAGUGGAUUGACAAUGAAGCUUGCAGGUUUUUAAAAGUGCCUUUACAGUAAGGGUUAGCCUCACUUGUUAAAUGUUGUUUGGCUAUUUUUAAAAACAUUAAUCAAAAUAAAGAUACCUUUAUAUUACUAUUAUAAUAAUCAUUCUAAAAUCAUUGCAUGUGAACAGGCAAUAUUUGUGUGACAAUCACCAUUUUUGUACUGUUUAUUCUGUAGUAGAUGGUACAUAAAUUAUU